CAAAAGUUGUUGUAUGGUAUAUUUAUUUCUACUAUUUAUUUUAUUAUGCCCACAAUACACAACCCUUAUGCCUUUAGUUUUGUUUGUUAUAACUGUUAAGUUCUAUAAUAACACAAACAAAACAUAUUAGUGAUAAAAUGGUAUUAUAUAUAUUUUAAUUUAUGUAAAUUGUUCAUGCUAAAAAUUAUUGGUUAACCAAAAAGUUUCAAAAAGUGAGUUUAGUGAUAGUGCUUGCUGUAUGUCUUCUACGACUUCCUUACAGGAAGAAAAGCUCUAGAAACUAUAAGUGAUAAAUUAUUCAAGAAAAAUAAGUUAUUUUCAUUAUGAACGAUCCCCGUUUAAAAGUCAAGAGAGAACUAAAAGAGGAGGGCGAGCUAGAUGAUUCUUUUAUUGACAGCAUAAUAAGUAGUGAACAAAGUCAUAUCAAAAACAUAAAGCCAGAUCCAGAUGGUCCAUGUGACAAGAUUCAAACACAUUCAAAGGGGAGCACAAUAGACAGUGGUAUUACAAUAAAACAAGAAAAAGAAGAUGGAUUAGGUAAACAGAAGCAAGAAAAAGAGGAAUCAAAAAAUGAAAUAUUAAAUACGCCUAUUAAAACUGAACAGUUCCGGGAUGAGUCAAACCCUUCACCUUUUAACAAAGAGUUGUUCCAGAAUUUCACCUUGCAUAGCCCUGCAACCAAGGACUGGGUGGAAUUGAUGGAAGAGGAAGUGAGGCAAAAUGACAGGAAAAGAGCAGUAAAACGAGUGUUCACUGAGCCGAUAAAAGAAGAAAGUAGUACCUCUAGUUCUAGUUCUUCAAGUGGAGAAUGGAAAACUGGUAGUGGCAACAGUAGUAAUGAAGAAUUAGAAGUACUACCUCCCGCAAAGAAAACGAGGAAUGAACUGCGAACCUUAAAUGGAAAUAAACAUCCAAGGAGGCCUAAGGAGUACGAGACUGAUCCAGCUGUGCUUGCAAGAAGACAGAAACAAAUUGAUUAUGGAAAAAAUACUCUUGGAUAUGAUGAAUAUUUGAAGCAGGUUCCAAAAGAUGAAAGACAGCCUGAGCAACCAAAAACUCCAAACAAGUAUAUCAAAUAUUCAAGGCGAGGUUGGGAUGGAUUGAUAAAACAAUGGCGCUUGCUUUUACAUCAGUAUGAUCCACUGGAAGAAUCUGAUAAGGCCAAAGAUGAACCUAAGACGGAAGUGGAAGAAUCUAAGAACUAACCUGUCAUCCGUCUAUUUUUUUUUAAUCUUUAGUGUAGUCUCAAGACAAGAUUUUAUAUAAUACAGUUUAUUUGGAAGUGAUUUAUUUGAAUUAAGAGUUGUAUACGAGAUGAUUAAUGUAUAAUGUUCACCGUAUUGCAGUUAAUAAACAAAAAUAAUUAUUUUAGUUAUCAAA